AUGACUUCAUAUGUUUGGCAAUUCCUUGGCUACCCUCCUCCGCGGACGCCGCCAACUCUGGUUGCAACGGAUGAGGUGGUUCCCCUGCACCCAUUCGAUGAUACCAAAACUUUGAGUGAAUAUACCCUUGCCUGGACUUUCCGUUUCGAUGAAGUCCUCGACGCAGACAAACUUGGCCAGACUUUAUCGCAGCUCUUCCAGAUGGAAGGCUGGCGUAAACUCGGUGGGAGACUUCGCAAAGGACCUAAUGGAAAAACAGAGGUCCAUAUCCCUACUCCCUUUACAGAUGCUCGCCCUUCUGUCCUUUUCUCCAAAGAGAGCCACCAAAUGCGCAUGUGUGAUCACCCAGAAGCCUCCAAGCUUCCCGAGGCGUCAAACGAACCCAAGACGUUUCCCAGCCCGCGGAACUACAUAUCACUAGCGUUGGGGCCAGACACCCCAAGGACGUUUGAGGAUUUCAUUUAUUCUGAUCAUCCCCAAUUUGCUCUCCAUGUGGUAACUUUCGAGGAUGGCACGCUGGUCUCGGUGAAUUUCAGCCACAUGACUUCUGACUUGGGUGGCUUCGCAGCUGUUAUUGAUGCCUGGAAGCUCGUCCUUGCGGGAAGGCCCGAAGCCGUGCCAAAAUUCGAAGGGUUCCGAGAGGACCCAAUGGCCCCCUUAUAUACCGGAGAACCCACCGAGAAGGUCCGUCACGGCCUGCCGCACCUGACGGGCUUUGGAUUGAUAAGUUGGGCCAUGAGGCAGAUGCUCGAGUUCAAGUUUUACCCUGCAGAGUCUCGCACGCUUUGCAUCCCUGCCAAGAUAGCAGAUGCACUCCUAAAAGAAGCCAAGGACCAGGCUGCAUCCGAAGGGACUGAUAGCCAGGGGAAGCCAAUGUUUGCCUCGGAGCACGACGUGAUUAUUGCAUUGAUCAAUCGCUUCAUUGCUGGGGGCUUUCCCUCUGGAUCUCAGCGCAAUAUUGUCACGCUGAUGGCGAUAGAUCCUCGGCCGAGGGUCAAAUCUGUGUUUCGCGAUGGUUCCGCGUAUGUCCAGAAUGCUGCUUUGCCCGCCUACGUUCAAUGUUCGGCUCUGGAAGCUUUGACGUUGCCUACCGGAAAACUGGCUCUCAGGUCUCGUGAAGCGCUCUCCACGCAAUCCACAGAAGGGCAAUUCAAUGCACUACUGUGGCUGGCACAUGAUCAUGUCACAAAGACUGGCAAUUCACCGCUGUUUGGAGACUCGUCCAUGGCCUUUGUUGUGGUUUCAAACUGGAGUAAGGCGGCCUUGAUGGAUAAGAUGGACUUUUCUCCUGCUAUCGUCAAACCAGCCGAAAACGAGAGACCAGGAAGAACGCCUGGUCGGCCGGUGUACUAUCAAUCGCAGAGUAUUGAUGAGGGUUCAUUUUCAACAUCAAUUGUUGUGAUUAUGGGAAGAGAUCUGGAUAGGAAUUUGUGGCUAUUUGGAGACUUUCAAUCGCAUGUUUGGAGCAAGUUCACGGAAUAUCUGCGAACAUAUCUCUAG